UACACAUUGAGAAGAAAUACUUUUACCAUAUUUUUUUUUUGCAAAACCUUAAAAACUCCUCAGCCUCGAAUUUCUAAUUCUUGGCUUCUUUUAUUUUUUAUUUUUUAUUAUUAUAUUUUUUUCACUAUUUUUAUUUUUAUUAUUUUUAUUAUUUUAUUUUAUUCUGCAAAUCAUAUAAUCCCCUCCCCACUCAGUCCCUUAUUAUUGUUAAGUUAAUUUUAUUUAACUCAAUUUUUUUUACUCCUAUACUCCUGGACAACGUUUGACUUACUCCACACUACCUUGACCUGGUAACCAGUCUUCUACAAUAACAAUGAGUCUCGUCCUCAAACGGUUCGCGUCGUCGUCGGCGUAUCGCUCGACGAUUAAGAACUUGAUGAUCAGCUCUUCGACAAAGGUCCUCUUCCAAGGUUUCACCGGUAAACAAGGCACUUUCCACGCUCAACAGGCCAUCGACUAUGGUACCCAAGUUGUCGGUGGUACAAACCCCAAAAAGGCCGGUACAACACAUUUGGGCCGUCCUGUUUUCGCCGACAUUGCAGAGGCCAUGAAGGAAACCAAGGCUGAUGCUUCGGCCAUUUUCGUUCCUCCAGCAUUCGCUGCUGGUGCUAUUGCUGAGGCUAUUGAGGCAGAGGUGCCUUUGGUUGUUGCUAUCACAGAGGGAAUUCCUCAACACGACAUGCUUCGCAUCUCUGACAUGCUCAAGACUCAAUCCAAGACUCGUCUUGUUGGUCCUAACUGUCCUGGUGUUAUUCGUCCAGGUCAGUGCAAGAUCGGUAUUAUGCCUUCCCACAUCCACAUGCCCGGCCGUAUUGGUAUCAUUUCUCGAAGCGGCACGCUUACAUACGAAGCUGUGAACCAGACUACCCAGACCAAACUCGGUCAGAGCCUUGUCAUUGGUAUCGGCGGUGACCCAUUCCCUGGAACCAACUUCAUUGACGGUUUGGAGCUUUUCCUUAACGAUCCCAAUACUGACGGUGUCAUUAUGAUUGGUGAAAUCGGUGGCAGUGCUGAGGAAGAAGCCGCCGAGUAUUUGAAGAACCACAACUUGACCCGCGAAAAGCCUAAGCCUGUUGUGUCCUUCAUUGCUGGCGUUACGGCUCCUCCUGGCCGUCGUAUGGGUCACGCUGGUGCUAUCGUUGCCGGCGGCAAGGGUGGUGCUAUGGACAAACUUCUUGCUUUAGAAGCAGCCGGUGUUCGUACUGCUCGUAGCCCUGCAAUUCUUGGAAAGCUCAUUUGUGAAGAGUUGGCCAAGCAAUAAGUACAGCUUUUGAUGACACUAAGCAGCCGUGUUAUUGACUGCUCAGGACACGCAGCUACCGUUUUAUACACACGAACGGAUACCAUGAACUAAUGUAGCCAAACUCAUAAUAAUAACGGUAGAUCGCAUUAGGCAAUUCCAGCUGAAGCUUUACACUUCUUUGUAACAAAAGUAAGAUGGCGGACUUGCAGACUGAACCUUGCUGGAUUACUUAAAACACGACGAAGAUAAUGGCUCAAAUGAAACAGCAAAAUCCGACAGCCAAAGUUCCAUUCCACGCACAUAGUACGUGUUCCUGGACUAAUUCGUCUGAAACAUGUUCCAGCCAAACAAUCAUCCAGUUUUAUCUUUCAUGGUCCCGUAAAUUUUCCUUAUUUUUUUUCAAGAUUUUAAAGUUUUCUUUUUUUCAUCAUUCAUAAAUCGUUUGUUAAGAACUAGUUGUUGCUUUCAUCUGGGAAUCAUGGUGAGAGCGAUGGAAACAAGAGGAAAACUAGUAACACGCCGAAUUUGUCACAUACAUGACAUGUCAACUUGGCGAGUUUUUAACAACAAGAACGGGCCUAAAACGUCAAGAAGCUUUGCAAUUGCAAAAGUCAUCAGAAGAAAACAAAUAGAGAACAAAUGAAAGAGUAGAGCCACGUGGAACACUCCAUCACACAAAAGUGAAUGUCGAUUACCACACGCACAUAAAAGGGAGCGGCUCAUGAACAGCCUCCUUGACCUGUUGAAUUACCCAAUCCCUUUACGGUUUAGGUAAGAGAGAAUCCAUGGUACGGUCUUUCGCUACCCAUUUAGGGUCCACAAGUUUGUUUCGUUCGGCGUGUAACAGUUUGUAUGCGAUUCGUAUAGUUGAAUCACUCACACCCGUCACUUCUGAAAUUUCUUUUGGCGUUUUGGGGUAGCCCAUAAGGGAAGAAAUCAUGUAAAUACCACUAGCGGCAAUGGAGAUAGGGGAACGACCAGCCAGAGUACCUUCUUGGCCAGCACGGCGAGCAAGUUCAGCUGCCGCAAGUUGUACAAACGUGGGGAGUUGCAGACGAUUGCAGAAACGCACCAUCAAGUCUUCAGCCGAUGUAGAGCUGUUUUGUAUGUACUCUUGGCCCUUGAAAGCGUCGACCGAAUUGUGCAGUGCACCACCUUCCGUCAACAUACGUUGCAGUGUUUUGUAAACACGGCCAAUUUCCUUUUUUGCCACGUUGGUAAGCGUGCAGAUUUCCAUAAAAGUACGAGGUACUUUUCCUUGACGACAGGCAAUGUAAAUACAAGCAGCAAUAAUGGACUGAGAAGAUUUUCCCUUCAAGGCCUUGUGAUCGUCUACACGUUUAAACAACUGCUUUGCAGUAUCAGCAAUCACCUUGGGCAAGCUAAUAGCAUCACACAUCGCACUGAUUUCCUUGUAAGCUGUGAGCAAGUUCUUCUCACCACGGACUUGCACAGAACGACCUUGAGCCUUUGCCAGCAUAGCUCCUGUGCCAUCUGUAGACGAAAUAGACGUAUCAAGCUGUGAACCGUUCAACAGAGGAUUGGCAACUUUACCAACACGACUGGGAUCGCCAUUUGCUUCAUCAGAAUUGGAAAAUGUACGCCAUUCGCUUCGAGUAUCGACGAUACGAUCACCUAAGACGAGACUAAAUCGUUAGCUAAUGAACGGACACAUGUUUUUGCAAAUUGUGGAUCCAAUCGCCUCGACGGUUUUUCCAUUAAGGAACAGCAUGCACUCAUGCCGUCAAAACGCAUUCAAACAAACUGAAACGCGAGCAGCACAUGCAACUUGCUCUUCUGAUUCACAUGGUGCCGUCAAAAACCGAUUUUGACCGCCCGUUCACCCACAAUUCCUGUUUCUUACCCGCAGCUACCACAGACCGUGUCACCGCUCGAAAACUCCUCUACGAGAUUCGGCGGGUCUUCACGACACUCGGAGCAGAUCAUCUUUACCGAGAGAGCGCUCGUAGGCAAACCUGCAUAUGAAGGCGAACUCAUGGUGCAGGGAGAGUGUAGGGAGCACCCGUGCUCCAGAAAGUACUAUAAGGAGUUGCAACGCGUGCGUAUACGACACUAAUACCUCGUUGGAACUCCGUAAUCAUCAGUAACGACUAUUCCGUAUCUCGGCAAACCUCCGUAUCGUAUUUACUGCGCUCGAACACAGUCCAACGCACCAUACACAGGUAUAUUCUAAGGUAUCUAAAACGAAACAAAACGGAACAAUUAGUUAAUAGA